AGAUUUUGGUAUGUCCAAUAUUACGGUUCUAUCAUUCUCUCACUUACACAUCUAAAGCAAAACCCCUUCUCUCUCAAAACCCCCCGCACCUUAGUUCCGAUAAACUGCGAAGGAAGAGAUGAGCUUCCAGUUUUCUCUUCAUCCUCAGGCUCUGUAUAACUAUGGAGAAAUAUGAUUUGUAACGAACAAAAAUGGCAGAUUUCUUUCUUAAAUGAUGAUGAUAUUCACCUAGACAUGAAUAGGUAUGCCUUAUCCUUCUCUAUCCAUCAUCGCCAUCAUUUUAACUCUCUCUUCAUCGUUAGGUUUCUGAACCAAGGAACCCAUUCAUUAGAUUCUCCCAUUACCAUCAAUGCUACUAAUAGAAGACCUUUCCCAGAUUAUUCACCGAAAAAACCCACAAUUAAAGAUUCUGAAAUUGUUCAUCAAAUCUCAAUUUCCAUCAAACAACGUCGUUCUGAAACUUUACAUCGUAUUUUAAAACCCUUUGAAUCAAAGUUUAGACGUGAUUAUUUAAUUUGGGUAUUCAUGAAAAUUAAAUAUGAUUACAGUUUAGUUUUUAGUUUCUUUGAUUGGGCUCGGUUACGUAAAGAUACGACAUUGGAAGCUCGCUGUAUUGUGAUUCAUAUUGCUGUAGCUUCAAAGAAUCCAAAAAUAGCUCAUGAACUUACUUAUGAGUUUUGGAGGAAACCCAAUUUGGAUAUCAAUGUUUCCUUUAGUAAUUUCUUCGAACAGUUGGUUUACACUUUUAAGGAUUGGGGUUCUGACCCUCUUGUAUUUGAUAUAUUCUUUCAAGCUCUUGUUGAUGUUGGAUAUUUCGAUGAAGCAAGGAAUUUGUUUGAUAAAAUGUUGAGUUAUGGUGUGGUAAUAUCUAUUGAUUCUUGUAAUUGUCUUCUUUCUCGUUUGUCGAAUAAUAUGUCUGAUGAUGCUAGGAUUGAAACAGUACUGAAGAUAUUUAGUGAAUUUCCUGAAAUGGGUGUUUGUUGGAAUACAGCAUCUUAUAGUAUCAUUAUCCACGCUCUUUGUAGAUUUGACAAAUUGAAAGAAGCUCAGACGCUUUUGUUACAAAUGGAGUCAAAGGGUUGUUUCGCUGAUGUUAUAAGCUAUAGCACUGUAAUUGAUGGUUAUCGUAGAGCCGGAGAGCUUGAAAGAGCGUUUGAGGUUGUAGAGGAAAUGAUUACUAAGGGUUUGAAGCCGAAUCCAUUUACUUAUAAUAGUAUAGUUGUACUCUUGUGUAAGAAUGGUAAGGUAAAUGAAGGAGAAAGAAUACUGAGGGAAAUGAUGAAUCAGGGCGUAGUUCCGGAUAAUGUGGUGUACACCUCUCUCAUCGAUGGGUUUUGCAAGGUUAAUGAUUUACAAGCUGCACACCGGAUUUGCGGUGAAAUGCAGAAGCAGCAGCUAGUUCCUGAUACUGUAACAUAUACUGCUCUGAUUUGUGGGUUAUGCCGAACUGGAAAAAUGGAUGAAGCAGAUAAUCUCUUCCGCGGGAUGCGCAAUAAAGGGAUGAUACUGGACGAAAUAACUUAUACGUCAUUAAUCGAUGGUUAUUGUAAGGCAGGAGAGAUGAAAAAGGCCUUCGCCCUUCAUAACAAGAUGGUUCAAAUGGGUUUGACGCCUAACAUUGUUACCUACACUGCGCUGGUUGACGGCCUUUGUAAACGCGGAGAGGUGGAAACUGCCAAUGAGCUUCUUCAAGAAAUGUGUGGGAAAGGUCUACAGUUAAAUACCUGUACAUUUAAUUCUCUUAUUAAUGGUCUUUGUAAAGCUGGAAAUAUAAAACAGGCCGUUAAAAUGAUGGAAGAUAUGGAGUUGGCUAAGCUUUAUCCUGAUGUUAUUACAUAUACUACAAUAAUCGAUGCUUACUGUAAAGCAGGUGAGAUGGUUCGAGCUCACGAUCUCCUCCGUGAGAUGCUGGAUAAAGGGCUUCAACAAACGAUUGUGACGUUUAAUGUGCUGAUGAAUGGGUUCUGUAUGCUGGGUAUGCUAGAAGAUGGUAAACGACUGCUGAACUGGAUGUUGGAGAAGGGUAUAAAGCCAAAUGCCACCACAUAUAAUUCUCUUAUGAAGCAGUAUUCCAUACAAAAUAAUAUGAAAGCUACUACUGAAAUUUAUAGGGGGAUGAACACUCAAGGGGUAAUGGCUGAUAGUAUUCAUGAAAGUGCUCCUCCCUUUUUACCUUGAGGUGUUGAUUUCAAAGAGUUGACAAACUUAGCGAAGGAUUGCUCAGUGCAUACAGGAAGUCCUAUUGAUGCUACACU